AUGGCUGCUCCCUCCAAGGCAUGGUAUCUAAUUGUGGAUGGGAAAACAACCGACUGGGCCAAAGUUCCGUUAGCGACACAAGAUUAUGAGGUGGAAGAUGUAGACGACCUUAAAAGGGCUCUUAGCAGGGCGAUGAAGGAUACUUUUGGAAUCGAUAAGCCAUAUGGCUUGUUGACUGUCAAGGCUGUGAAGAAGAUCAAUGACUACAAAACGGAGGACUUGCAGGCACUGAGGAGUCAAGCGAAGGAGCUGAGUGGACUAGACACACUUGCCUUAGUUCUUGAAACCUUUGGUGUGGAUGGCGUGGGGGUCUUCAUUGGUGCAAAUGAGGAAAUCGAUUAUGCUGUGGCUCGAAAAUCCUUCACUGAAAAUAUUUGGUUGUUUGUCGAGUUGCCUGCCCGCGAUCAUCCAGCACUACAACCAGAAGAUGAACGUACUUCAAAGAGGCCCCGCCUCGAUAACACAGGUUCCCUUAUUUGGAGGAUUUUCAAUUUCGAAUUGUGGGUCAGGCAGCAGCCCAAACUACUCCCACCUACUCCAAAAUCCCAAGAAAUUGUGACAAAUGGGAACGUCACGAUCUAUGCUGGCAAUGCUGUUCCUGUUGGCAAAGAUGUAUUUGAAGCAAUAGUGUAUGAUGGCUUUUCAUUUGUGGACAAAACCCUUGUUAUCUCAGAUUUUCUUGAAUGCGCCACGCCUGUCUCUCUUGUCGUGCGACCGAGGCGUUUUGGCAAGACAACCAACCUUACCAUGCUGAAGAACUUCUUCGCCAUUCCCCGCCAUCCUGACAACAAGGGACGCCGACUAGAGCUGUUCAGAGAUUCAAAAAUUUGGAGAGAGAAAAGAGAUUUGUUUGAUAUGCAUUUUUGCGCGUACCCAGUCUUAUACAUCGAUCUCAAGGAUUUUCGAGAUUACAACACUUUGGAUCUAAUGCGAGGAAAAUUACGCCAACUAGUGGCGGGUUUAUACAAGGAGCAUCACUAUCUUUACGAUUAUCUUGACCCAAUCGAGCAAGAUCGUUUCAAUCUUGUACUUAAAGGAAGAGACGUUGAUGCUAGGUCGGACAUCCUUAAGGAGCUCUCUCAAUACCUGAGAAUCUACUACAAUCGCAAGUGCAUUGUUUUGAUCGAUGAAUACGAUCACCCUCUUGACGUUGCUUUCCACAAUGGAUUCUACGAUGGAGCACGUGACAUGUUUGCUACCCUAUUCGGAGCUCUUCUCAAGACUAAUGACAGCAACAUUUACAAAGCACUCCUUGUCGGUGUAACUCGAGUUGCUAAAGCUGGUUAUUUGUCAGAUUUCAACAAUGUGACAGUGUAUCCAAUGUUCGACCCCACAUUCUCAGACAAAUUUGGAUUCACAGAGGAAGAAGUUACUGCCCUCCUUCAGCAUCACCAAAAAUUGGAGCACUUGGAUGGAGUGAAAAAUUGGUAUGAUGGCUAUAGCGCCUCACACAAUAUACCCCUUUACAACCCUUGGUCAGUUGUUUCUUUCAUUCAGGGUGGGGUUUUGAAGAGUCACUGGGUUGAAACUGGCGCUACGGAAACGAUCCGGGACCUUAUUUGGCAGUCGGGGCGCGAUUUCAAAGUGGUUGCAACGAGAUUGAUCCAAGGAGAAACAGUCAAGGUUCAGCUUUCAGAUAGCCUCCAUUACGAAAACAUAUCCCUUAUGGAUGAUACGGCGAUGGAGGUGAGGAAACAAUGGAAACUCUGGCUGCAGUUGCCAGGUGCUCCUUGGCUGAGCCACGUUGUCACCGCACUGCUUAAUGGAGACCUCAAGACAUUCCACCAGCUUCUUUUCAAGACCGUCCUUCAAGGACUUUCUUUCUGCGAUGUUGGCGAGUCAAAUGCGAGCAAGAAAUCGGAGGCUUUUUAUCAUGGCUACUUAAUGGGUUGGCUCACCCAUGCACAGCUCACUGGAUGCGACCUCAAAUCAAACCCAGAGGCCGGACUUGGUCUUUGCGAUACUGUGAUCCAACAUGAGCAAAGUAAAAGGGCGACAAUAUUAGAGUACAAGGUUAGGAAGAAGCAUCAUAAGAGAACGAUUCUAGAGAAAGCGAAAGAAGGCCUAUUGCAGAUACAAAAGAAAAUCUACCGUUCUGUAGUCUCUGAAAAGAUGGAACAACUUGUAGAAUUAGGAAUCGCUUUUCAGGGGAAGAUGGUGGCUGUUGCAGGAAGAGUCUAUAAGAAGGAGAAUGGAGAAUGGAAGGAAAGGAAAGAGUAUGGGUAUGAGGGGGUGUUUGGCAAUGUAGUAGUAGAGGAUGUGAAUAAUGGGGAAAUUAUGGAUGUAGAUAAUAAUGAUGUAGAAGAGGGGGAUAGGUGA